AUGAACCCCUCCGUGGCCGAGAUGCGGAACCGCAGCUGGACAAGGGACUCGUAUCUCGUCUCGACCGACGCCUCCCUCAUCUCCAUCCCGGACCUCAACGCCGCGUUCGCGUCGGACGCCUUCUACUGGGCCAGUCCCCUCCCGGAACCCGUCAUGCGGGAGAUGCUUCAGAACUCGCUGUGCUUCGGCCUCCACGGGCCCCCCGACACAGCAACAACAACGACGACAACAACCAGCGAAGGCGUGGCAACGGAACCAAACCACCACCCCCGCCCCCUCGUCGGCUUUGCGCGCCUCGUGACGGACUACGUCACCUUCGCCUACAUCACGGACGUCUGGGUCGACCCGUCGGUGCAGGGCCGGGGCCUGGCCCGUUGGCUCGUGGGCCGCGUGCAGGAGACGAUCGAGUCGAUGCCGCACCUGCGGCGGAGCCUGCUGUUCACGGACGACUGGGGCCGGUCGGUGCCGUUCUACAAGGAGCUGAUGAAGAUGAAGCUGGCGGGCGGCGAGGCCGGGGUGAGCCCGGCCGUGAUGCAGAUGAAGUGGAGGGGACACCCGGACUUUAGGGAUCAAUAA